AUGUUUUACAAGCAUAACAUUAACUUUUAUAAUACAUGUCACAUUAAAAGAAAUAUUUUUCAAAGAAAUAUUAUUCAAUGUAAUAUUUUUCAAAGAAAUACUUUUCAACGAUAUAUUUUUUAUAUGAUACCAUAUUAUAAUAUAUUAUCCUUUAAUAUUAAAAAUAAUUAUCAUAUAGGAUGUAAAAGAAAAGGAUUUCCUUUUUUUUUUUAUAACACAUAUAGAGACCCGUCCAUUAUGAAGAGAAACACAUUUGUUGUUUGUAAAUAUAAACAUAUUGUUAGAAACAUAAAAUAUAAAAGUGAAAGGAAUAUAAAAUGUGAUAAAAUUUUUAUAAAUAAUAAUAUCAUGUCAUGUAAAGAUAUUCAAACGAAUGAUUCAUAUAAUAUUGGAAGGAGAGGAAUAAAAGUUAAAAAAAAAAAAAUGAAACUAAAAAAUAUAGAUAAGAAUGAUAAUUUAUUUAAAUAUGAAAAAUCUAUGGAUUUAUUAAAAAAGUUAUAUAAUAUUAUUCAAAAUAAGUAUAAUAUGUAUUCAUGUGAUGAUGCUAAUUAUGUAGAUGAAAAAAAUAACAUUAAUAAAAAUAUUGAGAGACAAAAAAAGAAAUUAUAUAAUUAUGAGAAUGAUAAAGAUUUAUAUAAUGAUAUAAUAGAUGUUAUAAAAAAUGAAAAGAAUAUAAAAACAACAUUUCUUAUAUUACACACAUUAAAUAAAAUAAUGUGUAUAAAUAAAUUUAUUCCAUAUAUAUAUGAUAAUAUAUUAUUAGUAGAAGAUAUGGAAGUAUUAUCUAUAAUAUUAAGAGUAUUAAAUAAUUCUUUUUAUGAUGACAAGAAAUUAUUAUUUCUUCUGAUGAAUAAAUUAAAAGAAAAUAUUAUUUUAGGUAUGUCCUCAAAUCUAACUAUUAGUAAUACCUUUUUCUGUUAUUCUAAUUUUUAUAGUAGAGGUAUCAUAGAACAAAAAGAUAUACCUCUAGAAGAAAUUAUAGGAACUGUAAUAAAUUAUUAUCAUGCAUUUAAUUAUGUACAACUGUUGGAGAUAUUAAGUAGCUUUGAGCAUUACGAUUUUUUAAAAGAUAAAAAAAAUCAAGUUGUAAAAGAAGAGGAUGAUUACAUAGAUGGUGGUGAUAAUAAUAAAAAAAGUGAUAAUAAUGAUGAUAAUUAUUAUUAUUAUAUUAAGGGUUUGAAAAAAUUAAGAAGCAAAUUAUUCCUCAAGGUAGCCAAUUAUUUUAUUCAAGAAGAUAUAAUAAAAGAACUAAAAACAAAAGAAAAAAUAGACCUAAUAUAUGCAUUCACAAAAAAUAAAAUAUAUCAUGAGAAAAUAUUUUUAAGUGUAUAUGAAUAUUUAUUGAAAAUUAUUAAAGGAUAUAAUAAGGACAUCAUAAAUAAUAAGUUUGCAUUUUUGUUUGAAGAAAAAACAAAAAGAAAUGAACAUAUAAAAAUGAAUGGUAAUAAUAUAACCAAUGAAAUAAAUAAAUAUGAUAAUAAUAUGAAUAAUUUAAGAAACAAUGAAAAAAUUGAUAUAAAAAAUGUAUCAUCAACUUAUAUAGAUAAAAAUGUAUUAAAUGAUGCUAUUACAUAUGUAAGUAAUAUAUUAUAUUGUUAUAGUAAAUUUAAUAUAUAUAUAGAUGAAUUAUAUAAUGAAAUAUUAUUAUUUUUACAAUAUUUUUAUAAAUAUAUGGAUUGUUCUAUAUUAUCUCAAUGUUUAAUAUCCUUAACAAAGGUCAAUUGUAAUAUAAAUAUAUUAUUAUCAAAAAUAUAUAAAGAAAAAUUAGAUAUUAUUUAUGAUAAUAAUAAACAUGAACAUUUUUUAGAACAUAGUACAUCUAUAAAUCUAAUGAAUUAUCUUUUAUCAUAUAGUCGGAAUCUAUUUUUAGAAAAGAAUGUUUAUAAUAUUAUAUCAUAUUAUCUUUUAAAAAAUGAUAAAAUAUAUUCAUUACACUCAUUAGAUUUAAUAAAUAUUUUUCAUGCAUAUAGUAAGAUUUAUUAUAUAGAUAAAAAAUUAUUUCAAAAAAUUGAUCAUAUUAUUCUACAACGAUUAGAAGCUAAUAAAUAUUAUCUCACAAUCGAUUUAGCUAUAAAAUAUAUAAACGCAGUUGCCAAAUUAUCAUAUAAAAAUGAAAAUAUUAUUUAUAAAAUACUUGAAAUUAUUUAUCACACGAAUCAUUUACAUAAUAUUAAAAUAAUACAUUUAUUUAAAUUAUUAAAAAGUAUCAAAAAAUUAAAUAUAUCUCAUCAUAUUUUAGAAAAACAUAUUCAAAUGAUAGCACCAAAUAUUACUCUAGAUUUUGCACAUUAUAUAAACUUUUAUUAUAAAGCUAAAAAGGAUAUACAUGUCAGAAAAAAAAAGUGGAUCUGGUAA